CACUAUUAGAAAAAUUGUCCGGGUAAUCGCACCACUGAAAUUUUUUUUUGCUUGACUGAAAAAUCAACCAGAACCAAUUGAACUAUAACAGAACGAGUAUUAUAGUUCAGCAGACCAUACAGUACUUAAAGAUUAUAAUGAUAAGAACAUCACUUACUGCUCCGUCUGUUUACUCGGGGAAUAUAAUAAGAAGAUGGUUCUCCUCGUCUGUAGGAAUAUAUAACCAAAUCAAGAAGGACUCUGAACCUAUACCCUCCAAUCAUGAACAAUCAUCAACACAAUCACAUCAAGAACCAGAAACUCAACAAAAACAACAAUCACAAACAAAGAAAGAAGAGAAAACUCAAUCCGUAAAAGGUGAAAAACAAACUCCAAUAAAAGUUUCAAAGCAUAUAGAAUUUUUAAAGAAAUACUAUACCCCAGAAUUAUUACAGAGUAUUCAAAUUGCUGAAUCCGUAAUUGAUCCUAAACAAGUAUUGGAAUUAAAGAAAUUAGGAUUUAGAGCCAAUUCUAAAGUUGCUCCAACCAAUGAAUUCUCUGACUAUAGUACUAAUGAUCCAAUAUGGAGUGAGCCUAUUAUAUAUCCUAAUCAAGCUGAUGGACGUGCUCCAUAUCCAGAAAUUCCUGAUACUAGAUCAUCAGAUAGAUCAGAUUUAAAAUUAAGAUUUAAGGAUGAAGAUACCACUAAAAAAUCAAAUACUGCUUUAAGAACUAAUAGACAAAUUUCUGAAGAUUUAUCUAAAUUAACUGGAUUGGAUGCUAGAUAUAUCAAAAACUUAUAUGUACGUCCAAUUGUCAUGAAAAGAGUAUCUUUAAAGACUUCCAAAGGUAAUAUUCCAAAUUUCUUUGUAUUAACUGUUGUUGGAGAUAAAAGAGGUACUAUUGGAUUGGGUAUUGGUAAAUCAAGAGAUGGUAUUCGUACUGCUGCUUUAAAAGCUCAUUGGAAUGCUGUUAAAAAUUUAACCCCAAUUCCAAGAUAUGAAAAUAGAACUAUUUUAGGAGAUUUCGAAUACAAAUUUCAUGCUGUCAAAUUAUUUAUGAAGUCUGCACCAGCUGGGUUUGGACUUAGAGUUAAUCAUAAUAUUUUUGAAAUUUGUCAAGCUGCUGGUAUUAAAGAUUUAAGAGGUAAAGUUUAUCGUUCAAGAAAUCCAUUAUUAGUAGCUCAAGGAUUUGUUGAAGCAUUAACUAAACAAAAAUCUAUUGAAGAUUUGGCUGCUGGUAGAGGUAAAAAGAUUGUUGAUUUAAACAAAGUCUAUUACUCUCAUUGAUCUCAUUAAGUCAAUCAUUAUCUUAUCUUAUCUUAUCAUAUAGUAAAUAACUUGUACAUAUAUCAUAUAGUCAUUACUUAACUUAACGUAUACAUAUACUUUCCAUUAAUUAACAUAGCAGAGAAAAACAAAAAAUAGGUCGUGUGAAGAGUUUAGCGAGGGACUUA